AUGUGCGAAGACGGCAAAUCAGAAGCCACAGCAGAGGCCGGGGCGACCUCGUCUCGCGUCCACCCGCCGAGUACAAGCGGACGCAGCGGACGGAGCUCAAGACUGCCCACGCCGGAAUCUCUCCUCCAGGACCCAGACGGCCGCCGUGUUGCUCGCACUUUUCUCGCCGACAGCUUGAUAGACAUGCGUCUUCCACCUCGAGCAAGCCCGUCGUCUCCUCGACCUAGAAUGAAACGGGGCAUCGACCAAGUCGUCAGUGGUAGCUUGCCUCCAUCGCCAGACAAGAUGUUUCUCGAGCUAGACGAGCAGCAUGAAGAGGCUAAGAGGGCCAGACCUACUACCCCCGUCUCACACCGAGACCCCAAACCUGAAGAAGUCGUUGUCGAGGGCCAGGACAGCAAGAGGCAGAGAAGACUGCCUAUUCGUGGCAGCAACCCUACGCCCAAGGCAGCACCGACAUCCGCGGCUCAAACGACUGACAGCGGCGGCAACGGCAAGUCGAACAGACGACCCUACCAGUCAAGCUCGAGCCCAGAGCAGCAAAAGGGUUGA